GUUUGACUGUUUGAGGAAAGUGUGCUGUGCCAAUAUGUAUGCUGCACAAAUGUUGAGGUUUGAUUUAUGAUAAUGGGCACUUGGUAUUAAGCUGUGUGCUUUUAAUGUUUUCAAUGACAUUAAAUGUUAAAUCCUGUACAAAUAUUUGCUGUGUAACUGAGUGACAGACUUGUGAGACUUUUUAAACAACAUAUCAGUGACUAUUCUGUAAUUAAUGCCAAACAGAAAUUGUCUGUUAAAUGCAUCUUUUUCUUUGUUGAAAAAAAUAAGUAAGUCUGUCUCAAGUGUUUACUUUUUGCCAACAAUGUGCAUAUAACAACACCCUUGUUUCACCUUGUUGAGUCUAUGCUGCGCCUAUCGCUGUGGCGUUCCUGCUGACAACAGUGGAAUUGAAGUCAAGGUCUGUCUUUUAUUUCUGUGGUGUCUUUACAGUCUGCCUCCUUUUAUAGGCAUCGCAGUGCAAAGCACCCUGGGUCUGGGGCCAUCAGCAUCUUGGCAGCAUGUCUGUAUGUUUAUGCUACUGGUGCGUUUCGUUUGGAGCCAGAUUUUGGGUGUAGCUGCCAGGGGUUUGGCGUGAAGAUCGUAUUUUUGGCCUGUCAGUCCACACGUCCCCUUUGUUUGCUGCUGUGGAGUCACAGCCAGGAGAGGUGGAAAUGCUCUGGGGAUUUGUCAUUUCCUCCCAGUGUUCCCAGAUCCAGGGAGUGUCUGCCAUAUUUAUCAUGUCUGAUGUCACAGAAGAAUGACUAGUCUGCCUGUUUGUUAAUGAGUUGCACUGAGCCAUGAGAGCAAGUUUACCUUCCCGCUGACAGCUGACAGAACAAUGUCUUUAAGGGUCACAUCCCAUGAAUUGCAGUGGGAUACCGCUAACUACAGGGUGGUGCUCUUGGCUUUCAUUAUUUAUAUAAAGUUUGAGGUAAUAGUGAUCAGCUGAAAAGGCUGGAGUCAUGAAGGAGGAAUGUAUUGUGCUAAGCAUCACAGCAGCGCUGCUUUUAAAUGUGCCUUCAGCCCCAGCGCUGGAUGAGAUGAUGCAGUAGUCUUACUAUGUGUUGAAAUGGGAGCAUGAGUAGUUUCCUGGCACCUCUUGGCUUUUACUAGAGCAGGGCCAUACAUGGAUCUUUGGGCUACGUGUUUUAAAUGCUCCAUGAGAUAUGCUGGAAUUCUGACCUUUUAAACUGACCAGCGUGUUAUUCUCACACCAAACAUCUGAUGAAAGGCAUUUUCUUUCUCUUACAUGUCUUUCUUUUAAAAUCCUUUAUUUGACUUGAUUCUAGGUUUUAGUAUUAGCUGCUGCUUAGGUUUUAGUAUUAGCUGCUGCUUGGUGAAUUUGAGGUAGUUGUCUGUGAACAAUACCCUCCGUUGCCUCCAUCUGAAUUUGAUCAGAAAAUGGCAAGUGUGUGAGAUUUGGAAAGUCUCAUUGUGAUAAAGUUCACAGAGAUUAGGUGCAAACCUACAUCACUCGUAUAUGUUUUCACAAAGGAUAAAAUGAGUCAUGCUCUUAUUGAGCCUGGCAUGCCCAUUGUGUCUCCGAGUUUGAUCUUGUCUUAGGAAAACUCUAAAUCCCAGGCCAGAGAUUGACAUGUCAGGCCAAUAUUUGCUUCUGCAGAUCAAAACAAAUAACCCUAACCUUGCUUGUUUAAGAAACUUGGGUCAAACUGAUAUAACAGCACUAUGAAUUCCACACAAAUGGACAAAUAUCCCACCCUUGUUGACAACACACGCCUUUGAUUUGUUAACAUAGUCAGAUGGGUUUUCAAUGUUUCAAUAUUUCUUUGAAAGACAUCCAGAGGCUUCACAGAAAGUUAUGACUACAGUGGUUCUAAUCCUCCAUCGCUCUGAAUUCCUGCUCUGUUUCAUUUCACAAUUACCGCAACAUGGCAAAUGCUUUGGCAAAUGCCAUCUGUGAGCGCUGCAAGAGUGGGUUUGCUCCGGCGGAGAAGAUUGUGAACAGCAAUGGGGAGCUGUACCAUGAGCAGUGCUUUGUGUGCGCUCAGUGCUUCCAACAGUUCCCCCAGGGUCUCUUCUAUGAGUUUGAAGGCCGUAAAUACUGUGAGCAUGAUUUCCAGAUGCUGUUUGCUCCAUGCUGUCAUCAGUGUGGCGAGUUCAUUAUUGGCCGUGUUAUUAAGGCCAUGAACAACAGCUGGCAUCCUGAGUGUUUCUGCUGUGAUAUUUGCAGUGCUGUCCUAGCUGAUGUAGGCUUUGUGAAGAAUGCCGGAAGACACUUAUGCCGGCCUUGUCAUAAUCGAGAGAAGGCUCGUGGCCUAGGCAAGUACAUUUGUCAGAAGUGUCAUGCCAUAAUUGAAGAGCUGCCUCUGAUCUUCAAGAAUGAUCCAUACCAUCCAGACCACUUCAACUGUAAUAACUGUGGUAAAGAGCUGACUGCAGAGGCCCGUGAGCUCAAGGGUGAACUGUAUUGCCUACCAUGCCAUGAUAAGAUGGGUGUUCCUAUCUGUGGUGCCUGCCGCAGACCCAUCGAGGGCCGUGUGGUGAAUGCCAUGGGCAAGCAGUGGCAUGUGGAGCAUUUUGUGUGCGCUAAGUGUGAAAAGCCCUUCCUGGGACACCGCCAUUAUGAGCGCAAGGGCCUGGCAUAUUGUGAGACACACUACAAUCAGUUGUUUGGUGAUGUGUGCUACCACUGCAACCGUGUAAUUGAAGGAGAUGUUGUUUCUGCCUUGAAUAAAGCAUGGUGCGUCAACUGCUUUGCCUGCUCAACCUGCAACACCAAGUUGACCCUCAAGGAUAAGUUUGUGGAGAUUGAUCUGAGGCCCGUGUGUAAACACUGUUAUGAGCGCAUGCCAGAGGAGUUUAAGCGACGCUUGGCUAAGCGUGAGCGCGACUCCAAGGAAAAGAAAAAGAAAAUGGCUACCUGUCUGUAAUUACUAUUUAUCUUCCCUAUCUGCUUCUUUCCAUUCAUUGGAGCAAAUUUGUUGAAUUUGAUAUGAAACCGGUGUGCAAGAAGUGUUAUGAGAAGUUCCCGCUGGAAC